AUGACUAAUGAGUUGGAUGACAAAGAUAAAAACCUUGUUGAGAAAAAUGAUCAAUCUACUGACAUUGUUAAUGUUGAUGAACUGGACUCUUAUGAUGUUCCUAUUGGGAAAAGACUGGCUCUUGGUAUAGCUAAAAGGUUGACUAACAGGAAAUGCCAAGUUUUUGGAUCCUGUAGCACACCCUUCAAAUCUGUCAGGAACAAAGCAAGUGUUGGUCCCACAAAAAGAUGGAGUAAGGUGGUGACUCUUGACAUCAUCUCUACUUCUAGAAAGCAAGCCUCAGGGAAGAAGAUACCAGUUAAUAUUCCUGAAGUUCCACUUAACAACAUUUCAUUUCACUUCAUGGAGAAUGUUGAAGAAUGGAAAUUUGUUUAUCAAAGAAUAUUAGCACUGGAAAGGGAAUUGGGGGAAAAUACUUUUGAAUUUUUUGGCAAGUGCUAUGAAAUGCUUGUCAAAGAAUUUAUUAUGAACAUCUCCAAGAAGUGUGACAACAAGAGGAGCAAGGAGUUUAGAAAAGUGUAUGUCAGAGGAAGAUGUGUGGAUUUUUCUCCCGAAGUAAUCAACAGGUUCUUGGGCAGAAAUGAAGAAGAACAAGCUGAAAUUGAAGUCUCUGAAAAUGUCAUCUGUAGAGAGAUUACUACUAAGAAAAUGAAGGAAUGGCCAAGGAAAGGGAAAUUGUCUGCUAGUGCCUUGAGUGUCAAGUAUGUUGUUCUCCAUAGAAUUGGAUCUGCAAAUUGGGUUCCAACAAAUCACACCUCCAAUAUAGCUACUAGGCUAGGUAAUUUUAUCUAUAUUGUUGGGACCAAGUCAAAUUUUGAUUUUGGAUCCUAUUUUUUUGAUCAAACUAUAAAGCAUGAUGCCUCUUAUGCUGUGAAAAUGCCAAUAGCCUUUCCAUCAUUGGUCUAUGGGGUUAUCAUGAGUCAACACCCUAGUAUCUUAAUCAACUCUAACAGUACAUGCAAAAGGGACCCUCCCCUCUCAUUGCAUUAUAAGUUGUUCACUGGGAAACAUGUCCCAAACAUUGUCAUGACAUUUGGACAAACUCCUACAAGGCCUACUAAUAGAAUAUGCAUCCUAGCAAAGCUAAAAGAUUCCUGCAAGACCUUGGAUGAAACUAUAAAAACUUGUACUGAAAGGAAAAGCAAGAUUAAAAUGUUGAUUAAGGCCCUAUCUGAAGAAGAAGGAGAUUUGGAAAGUGAUGGAACAGAUGAGGAAGAAGAAAAUAAAGUUGGGUAUGACGCAAGUGAUGAUGAAGAUGCUACCAGCAGUGAUGAGGAUUAA